AUGGCAUCAGCCCAGUUCAACCCUCUGCAGUCCAUCGGUGAAAACAUCCAUUUCUUCCAGCCCCCAGAGCGAGGUGUAACCAGCAGUCCCGCACUUAUCGCACUCUGUACCUGGCUCGGAGGCGCAACGACUCAGCGCAUCCAGAAAUACAUCACCGGCUACCGAGCCCUGUACCCCAACUCCGCGAUCCUUCUCAUCGCUACACGCAUACUGGAAAUCAGCGCACUCCCGUUCAGCGUUCUCCACGCGCGUUUGGCCCCCGCCCGCGAUGUGAUCCGCCGAUUUGUCAGCUCUGAUACAGAGAAGGAAGGCACUGAUUCUUUUCUGUUACAUAUUUUUUCACAUGGCGGGUGCAAUACUGCCAUUCAGUUAGCUCUUUCUUUGAAGAAGGACCCUAUACACCCGCAUUAG